AGUUUUAAUCGAAUUGAGUCAAUUCAAAUGCACAUGGGCUGCUAAUCACUGAGUACUGAGUCCAGUAUAUCAGUGAUAUCCUGUAUAUUAGUACUAUGUUAGGAUUUUUCUAUUGCAGAAAGCAAAAUUGCAAUCCCAUUCUUGGGUGGGUGACAAGAUUUUGUGGUUUUCUCUAGAAUUUCGUCCAUGGGCAUGUGAAGUAACAUCUUUAUAGUUCUCCUGGAGUCCCUUUUACUGUAACUGUGCCACAGUUUACCUUUAAAGAGUGAGGCUUUCAGACACCCAGUGCUCUUCAGAGUGAGACCCGAGAGGCUGCACGUGGAAGCCGAGUGAUUUUACUGGAAGGAUUUUGUACUGAGAAAACACCCAGUGUGAUCCUUUGACUACUCCUAGCUAUUUUUGUCCAAGAGAGGAGAACUGAGCCACUGAGUCUUAUGCUGGUGCUGCAAUGCUGAGUUAUAGCUUGACUACUGUGAAGAAUCUUCCUCUGAAGAAGAGGCUCUGUUUUCUGCUGAAACUUGUGGGCUUUGUCACCUCAGUGUUCAUAUUUUGUGAAUUUUUAAUUUAUUAUGUGGUGAUUUUUCAAUGCCGAUGGCCAGAAGUGAAAGGUGGAGCUCCCAUGGGUGAAAAAGAGACUUCAGCUUCAGUCCUAAAGGCCAUGAUUUUAGCUGAUACUCACCUACUUGGUGAAAUCAAAGGACAUUGGUUUGAUAAACUAAGAAGGGAAUGGCAGAUGGAGAGAUCUUUCCAAACUGCCUUAUGGUUACUGCAGCCAGAUAUUGUUUUUAUUCUGGGAGAUAUCUUUGAUGAAGGCAAAUGGAGCUCACCUCAGGCAUGGGCAGAUGAUGUCAGGAGAUUUCGGAAAAUGUUCAAGUAUCCAGUUUCUACUGAGCUAGUGGUCAUCGUUGGGAAUCAUGACAUUGGAUUUCAUUAUGAAAUGACUACUUACAAGGUAAAUCGAUUUGAAAAGGUUUUCAACUUGACUUCAGGAAAGCUAAUAACUCGGAAAGGAAUAAACUUUGUCCUGGUGAACAGUGUAGCCAUGGACGGUGAUGGCUGUGCUGUCUGCAGUACCUCAGAGGCAAAACUUGUGGCACUUUCUCACAAACUGAAUUGCUCUCUGCAGAAACCAAAUCAUUCCAACAAAAGAUGCAGUGAUGUGGAAGAGCUUCCAGCUUCAGAACCCAUUCUUUUACAGCAUUACCCUCUCUAUCGGAAAAGUGAUGCUGAAUGCAGUGGAGAAGAUUCUGCUCCUCCAGAGGAGAAGAACACCCCCUUUAAAGAGAAGUAUGAUGUACUGUCUCAAGAGGCAUCACAAAAGCUGAUAUGGUGGUUUCACCCCCGUUUGAUUCUCAGUGGACACACACAUAGUGCUUGUGAAGUGCUGCAUGCAGGGAAAAUUCCAGAAGUCAGCGUCCCGUCAUUCAGUUGGAGGAAUAGAAACAAUCCUAGUUUCAUCAUGGGCAGCAUAACACCAACUGACUUCUCCCUCCAAAAAUGCUUCCUUCCAUAUGAGAGCAGAGUCUUUACUAUAUACUGUGCAGCAGGUGCUCUGUUUGUGAUCCUGAUACUAGCUCAUGUUCAGCUUCUCACUCCACCGUUUUAUUUUGCUCAGCGUUUAAUCAGUAAGCAUAAAGCAGUAUGAAGAGCCAGACAUCUGCAUUCAGUCACUGAAAUACCAAAGCUGAGAACAGUCAAACAUCAGACUAUAUUCAUGCCAGCAAAUGACCUAAUUUGAUUGCUAGUCUGAAGGCAGGUUGCAUUUAUACAUACCAUAGAAGUCCUAUACAGCUGAUAUGACUACUACAGGAUAAAUAAUUAACUGAAAUGAACGUUUCAUGCUGUACAAAAAUACUGUAUUCGACAAUCAAAUGAGUCCUUUUCCUGCUAUAAUUUUUGUAUCAAAUAUGUAUAUUAAAAGUGUAACUGUACAUUAUGUAAAUCCUAUAGCCUCAUCACUUGUCUGCACUAGUGUCUUACCCUGGUGGAGGCUGAAUCCUGCAAACUGGAAACGUUUCUCUCUUUUAUUGCUGCAUGGCCCUUCUAAUGUCAUGCUUGUGUUCUAGGGUCAGGCAGAAACUAGAUGCAUCAGCACUGAGAGAUGCUGAUUUCCAUAACCUUUUUAGGGUGUCAUUUGUAAGGGGACUGUGGUUUGGGACAAGAGAUCUUCUGGUUCUUGACACAGUAAAUUGUUAGCUGACUGUAAUUUGCAGUUAUCGUCUACCAGACAACAAAGGGAAGAAGCUUGUGGAUCCAGUUUGCUGAUACACACUUAAAACCUGCUUAAAAAAAAUUAGGGUGACACCUCAAGCUGCUAUUUUCAAAGAGAUGUGCUAUGAUGAGCUUAAAAAAAGAGGGCCCUAUUGCAUCCCAGAGAUCUGUGUGGUGAGAGGCCCUCCAGUUUCUGAUCUCCUGCAAGAAGGGAGGUCAAAUACAGCUGCAGUAACAUCAUCCUAUGCCUUGGCCCUCAGUCUACGGACAGAUAGGGAUAGGAGUGCAUGUUAUUUUAGAUUCCUGCAGGGUGCCAAGUCCUGUUGACUUUGUUGUAAUGUCACAUGUUGAACUGCACCAGAGGCCGAGGCCACCAGCUGUGCCACAGGCCCCAGCCUGGGGGUCAGCACGGAGAAGAUAAAAUCUGAGCUCAGCGUCUUCACUGUGUGAGGGAAGGUGGACAAACCUACUGCUGCUCCCCACCUGCCCUGGAAAAAACAGAGGGACUAUUUCACACCAGAACCAGUUUUCCUGCUGAUGUUCCUGCAGAGGCUGGGAGCUCUAACCUGAACGUCUGUGCUGGGGAUAGCUUAAAAAAAAAAGACUGUCUUUUGUUAUUCGCUCUAUUACUUUCUUUGGCAUGGGAAAGAAGUGAGAGAAUUUUGGGAAUUUUGUUUACUAUUAGCUUAUUCCACCCAGCCUUUCACUUUUUGGGAAAUAUAACUAAAUUGAACAUAACACAUUUCUGGGAAAAGAAAUGGUCAUAUUAUAGUAUCUAAAAUGGGACUGUUUUAUAUUUAACUAGAAACAAGUUCUCAACUGGUCUGUAGUCUGAAUUUAAAAAGAAGUCUGAUUGGGGUUUAUAACUAAUAAUGAUACUUACAGUAAAAAGUUAAUAAAACCUACUAAUUUUUAUGCCAGUGUGGGGACUGUGUUAGCUCUUAAUCUCUCCCUAAAUUUAAAAUGGAGUGGGGGGAAUGGUCCAAAGUGUGGUAAAACACUCUAUAAAGUAAUGUAGUCUAACAUUUCUCUAGGUUUCUGUUAUUGCAACUGUAAUUUUAGACAUUUGUACAGGUUAUCUUGGACACAGGAAAAGUAUAUAGUCACAGACAUAAAACACCUAUGUAUAAAAUAUAAAGCAGUGUUAUAGUUACUAAAAAGGACAUGCCUUAUUGCUACAGCAAUUCUUGCUUUUUAUAUAUUGUACUGUACCACAACUUGUUUUGAGAAUGUCAUUUGCAUAAAUUAUUCAAGUUUGAGAAAUAUUCACACAUUUUGAUUCUACAAUAUUUAAAAUAAAACAAUUUUCUAAUGUGUCUCUUUAUUAAAAGAGAAAUAAAAAUGUCAUCUUGUAAUUCUCUUAGGCCAGACACAAGGGUUUAUACACCUUUUUUUUUUUCUUAUCUUCUUUCUUGAUAUUUACUUGCACAAUGAAAGCUGCUGUUGGUACAAAGAUUGAAGAGCUCUAUAUAAUGGUGCUUUACACAUUCACAAUCGGUCUGUGCAAUUGUGAAGUUCUAUGAAUGACCAAAGAAUUACCAAACAUAUUUUCUAAAUA